AUGGCAUCUCCCCAAUUACCCCCAGAGGAGAGCGAGAAAGUAGCCAUGGAGGCAGACGACCUCCCUCUGCCAGCCCACGAGAUUGUCGACGCACACCAGGAGAUCCCCGUGCGCCUUCUUCCAAUGCCUGACCCCACUGACACUGACUGGCUCCAGAGUUCCUCCAUCCAAGCCCUAGUAAUUGCUAUCCCCUCUAUCCAACAAUCCCUCUCCAUCAACUCCGCCUCCCCCCAGUGGCUAGUAACAGCCUAUGCUCUCACCUCCGGUUGCUUUCUGCUCCUCUUCGGCCGGCUCGCCGACAUCUUCGGUCGCAAACGUAUCUUCCUCGCAGGCACAAUCUGGUGGAUCGCAUUCACCAUUGCCUGCGGGUUCGCCAAGUCCGGAGUGGGGAUAAUCAUCCUCCGCGCUCUCUCCGGCAUGGGGGGCGCAGCGGUCGUUCCCAGCGCAGUUGGGAUCCUAGCACACACCUUUCCCCUGAGCCAGGCCAGAACAGUAGCAUUCGCGACGUUCCAAGCCGGCGCCCCGACGGGGGGAGCACUGGGGAGCAUAAUCGGCGGGUUGACGACGCAAUACGCGCCUAUAGGCUGGCGGGCGAUAUUCUUCGUCUCUGCCGGCAUUGGGGGAGUCGUGUUUGUCCUAGUCUGGCUGGCAUUCCCCAACCAUAGGGGACACUAUGAAGACAAGAGGGUGGAUUGGCUUGGAGCGGCACUGAUCACAUCGAGCUUGAUACUGCUCAUGUUCUGCCUCGGGCAGGGGGAGAUCGCUCCCCAAGGGUGGAGAACCCCUUAUAUAAUCGCCCUCCUCAUCCUUGCUGCACUACUAUUCGCCGCCUUCGUAGGCUGGGAACAUUACGUUGAGACGCGGCUCACCCUACCCCCGCUCAUAAGACUCAACAUCUUCAAGCGCGGUCAGGGCAAGCUCGCCGCCAUCCUCCUCGUCGCAUUCCUCAUCAUGGGUGCCUUCUCGUCCUGGCAAUACUGGGCCACCCUCUACUAUCAAGACUACAAGCAGUUCGCUCCUAUUGACACUACGAUCCGUUUCAUACCGAUGCAGAUAGUGGGGAUAUCGAUAAACGUCCUCUUCGCCCUCGUAGCGGCCCACGUCUCCGGCUAUGUCCUCAUCGUUGUAGGCUGCUGCGGCACGGCGAUCGCCUGUCUCCUGUUUGCUAUCAUCGACCCCAACGAUAGCUAUUGGGCCUACGGAUUCCCAGCGGCGGUGCUGGACGUCUUUGGUGCGGACACGACGAUGGGCGGGGGAGCGCUGUUUGUUGCCAAAGUCGCCUUGCUGGAAGAACAGAGUCUUGCGGGGGGAGUGUUCAAUACCAUUAUUACUCUGGGCGUGUCUUUUACUACCACCGUGACAACGAUAGUGUACGACACCGCGGUGCGGGAAGAGAUGAGCAGUAUGGGCCUGACACUCAACGCGGACGGGUCGAAUGCUUCUCCAGACGCCGCGUUGUUCGGCUACCAGAGAGCCCAAUGGGCAUGUUUCGGGUUCGCAGCAGGAGCCGCGAUGGUCGCCCUCGUUCUCCUGAGAGGCAUUGGAGUGAUAGGUGUCAAAGCGGUGCAGAACGCUGAGGUGCUCGCCCCUGAUACGGCGGGCGAGACGAUAGCUGCGAAGCAUGAGGAGCACAUUGCAGAGCCCGUGGCAUCCUUGUGCACGGCGGAGGAAACGAAAUCCAGACCUGAGUCGCAGAAGAGUGAUCGGACUCGUGUGUAG